CGGGAGCGAGCGGCAGCCGGCGGCAUGAGGCGCGACCCGGCGCCCGGCUUCUCCAUGCUGCUCUUCGGCGUCUCGCUCGCCUGCUACUCGCCCAGCCUCAAGUCGGUGCAGGACCAGGCGUACACGGCGGCCGUGGUGCUGGAGGGCAAGGUGCAGUCCGUGGCCCCCCCCGCAGGCGGCGGCAAUGACAGCCGCGGCGCCUCCGGCCCCGCCGGGGGGGUCCUGGUGAAAGUGCUGGACCUGUGGCCCCUCAACAGCGGCGGGCUGCAGCGGGAGCAGCUCAUCAGCGUGGGCUCCAAGGCGCCCUGCUUCAAAGUGAAGCGCAACCACCGCUACAUCUUCUUCCUGGAGCCCACGGAGGAGCCGCUCGUCUUCCGCACCGCCUUCGCCCCGCUCGACACCAGCGGCAAGAACCUCAAGCGGGACGUGGCGCGGAUCCUCUGCGCGGACUGCGCUGUCCCUCCCAAACUGAAGAAACUGAAAAGCCCAAACGUGCACGUUGGUGAAAAGAUCUCACUGAAAUGUGAGGCGACUGCUGGCAACCCUCAGCCAUCCUACAAAUGGUUUAAAGAUGGCAAAGAGCUGAAGAAGAGCAAAGACAUCCGGAUCAAGUAUGGGAAUGGGAAAAAGAUUUCCAGACUGCAGUUCAACAAGGUGAAGCUGGAAGAUGCUGGGGAGUACAGCUGCGAAGCGGAGAACGUUUUAGGGAAAGACACCGCAAAAGGCAGCCUGAAUGUGAGAAGUGGAACAACGAAAGCACCACAAGUUUUACCAGCCUCAGAAACUAAAAUAGUUGUUAUGGAAGAAGAGUUAACCACAACUCUCUCCUCCUGGUCUGGGCAUGCUAGAAAAUGCAACGAAACAGCCAAAUCCUAUUGUGUCAAUGGAGGAGUAUGCUACUACAUCGAAGGGAUUAAUCAGCUGUCUUGCAAGUGUCCGAUCGAAUUCACAGGAGACCGGUGUCAGCAUUUCGCAAUGGUCAGCUUCUCCAAGCAUCUUGGAUUUGAAUUAAAGGAGGCAGAGGAGCUCUACCAGAAAAGAGUUCUAACCAUCACAGGAAUCUGUGUUGCCUUGCUUGUGGUGGGCAUCGUCUGUGUGGUAGCUUACUGUAAAACCAAGAAGCAAAGAAAACAGAUGCAUAAUCAUUUACGACAGAACAUGUGUCAUGCCCAUCAGAACAGGAGCCUUGCAAAUGGGCCAAGCCAUCCGCGUUUGGAUCCAGAGGAAAUCCAAAUGGCUGAUUAUAUUUCUAAGAAUGUUUCUGCCACUGAACACGUCAUCCGGAGGGAAACAGAGACAACUUUUUCAGGAAGUCACUCCUGCUCACCGUCACAUCACUGCUCCACAGCCACUCCAACAUCCAGCCAGAGACAUGAAAGCCACACCUGGAGCCUGGAGCGGACGGAGAGCCUGACUUCCGAUUCCCAGUCCGGGAUCAUGCUGUCCUCAGUGGGAACCAGUAAAUGCAACAGCCCUGCCUGCGUGGAGGCGCGGGCCCGCCGCGGGGCUGCCUUCUGCAUUGAGGACUCGCGGCGGCCCACAGCGCAGUACCGCGACUCGGUGGACUCACUGCGGGACUCACCGCACAGCGAGAGGUACGUGUCGGCCCUGACCACACCAGCACGCCUGUCGCCCGUCGACUUCCACUACUCGAUGGCGGCGCAGGUGCCCACCUUCGAGAUCACCUCCCCCAACUCCGCGCACGCCGUCUCCCUGCCGCCAGCAGCCCCCAUCAGCUUCCGCGUGGAGGAGCAGCAGCCCCUGCUGCGGCGGUACCAACUGCCCUUCCAGGACACGCAGCGCUACGACAGCUACUACCAAAGGAAGACCUACCUGAACGACAGCAUGGGGAGCCUGCCCUCCAGCCCCUUCCGCAUCACGGAGGACGACGAAUACGAGACGACGCAGGAGUACGUCACAGCGCUAGAGCAGCCAAAGAAAACAGCCAGCAGCAACAGGCGGUGGAAAAAGUCCAAACUGAACGGGCACGUCCCCCACAGAGCCAGAGCUGUCCGGGACUCCUUCUCCUUCAGCAGCGCCUCUUACAGCGAGUCUGAUGAGGAGCUGGUGGCCGAGAGCACGCCCUUCCUAAGCACUCAGAACAAUGAGGCGACAAACACAGAGUCGCCGCCGCUCCACCGGCCGGGCGACAGCCGGACUCAGCACCCGUACAGCCGGCACAGCGCCCACGGGGGCAGCGGGCGCAGCAGCCUGGCGCACACGACGCCCAAACGAGAGCCCGACCCCCUCUAGGCGCCCGGCAGACGCACCGCACAGGGGAGGCGGCGGAGGGAGGUGGAACAAACACGAGACAAAAAUAAAUAUUUUUAUUUUAUAUAAAAGAGAAAAAAAAAUAUAACAAAUAAAAUGUUUUAUUUUCAUUUUAGCAAAGUUGUCUUAUAAUAGCUAACGGCGAUGACUUUUUUAUAGGGAAUCUCUAUUUAUAUGUAAUGUCUUGAUUUACAGCUUCCGAGAAAAAAAA